AUGGAUUCCCUGCACUCUUCCAGCAGCGGCAUCCCGCCGCCUGCGCUCGCUCCUCGCCGCGGCCGACGCGAGAAGCCGUGGCCGCCAGGUAAGCAGAAGAAGCUGCUGCGUCUCUACGUCUGCACUCAGAGCGAGCGCUUGCCGCUGGUGCGCAUCUUGGAGCGUCUGAAAGAUAGCACGUUUGAUCCAAGGCAACGCAAUUCCCACAAGCAUCUGAAGAACCUGCUUCCAGACCGUCGUAUUGAUGACUGGCGGCCGCGUGACCUGGCGACCAUGCUGGUUCGUGUCCGGUUUCUGAGGUCAGUCCGGGAAGAGCGCCGCCGGCGACACAGACGGUACCGCAUGCGCCUGGAGAUGGCCCGCGCCCAGUUUGACGAUGCCAGCUCCUUGUCACCGCAACCUGUGAUGUCUCUUUCCCCAUUACCAGUAUCCAUACAACAGCAGGACGCGAAGCUACUCUCUCCCAUCGAUCAACCACAGACCUUCGACAGCCCCGUUGCUAUCAAACAAUCACAAUCCCCCGGAUCAACACCUCCUACCCUCGUUACCUCGAGCGCCAGUCCCCCAGACUCUUAUCCCCGCGACAAGUCACCAUCCCGAGCAUCCUCGGCACCGUCAUCAACAAAGUCAGCAAAGAGGAGAUCAUGGGCAUCGGUACUAUCGAGCAUUUCGUCCGGCAUCUCGAGUCUCGCCCGGUCGUCCUCAUCAGCAUCAUCAAAGCAAAUCGUGGUCAACCCCUCCGGCGUCAACACCGCCCUCAGCAAGAUGACCCGCGAAGAGUUCUUGGCAUCCCUGCAGGACAGUAAACCGAUCAAGAAGGGCAGCAAACUCGGCAGCGCCCUCCCAACCAGCCUGUUCAAGCGGUACUCGACAUCGAAUCCGCCCGACGAAGAGCUCAAUAUGGCCAUACUGCGCAUGUGCUGCGCCAAUCAUGCCCGUAACGACAGCUCACAGCACUGUGUUCACGUUAGGUUAUCAGAUGCUAUCGAAGCCCAGGCCACUGAGGGACCGGCGUUCAGGCAUUUCACGCUGACUGAUGAUGAGGCGAAUAUGGUCGAUAAAUAUGGUAACACGUUGUUGCAUACUGCGGCACGCUGGGGUGCUCGAAUCUCAUUACUGUUGUUGAUCUUGCGCCACACGGACGAUGUGCAGGCUGUCAACCAUCGGGGUGAAACCUUCCUGCAUGUCUAUUACCCUCCGGAAGACCCUCGAAUGAAACCGGUCUCGUUCUUGAACCUGCUGCGGCAGUUGCGGGCACGGGGAUUCGACUUCUGCCAUCGCGACGUCGAGAAACAGACCUUCUUGCAACCACUCGUCGCGAAAAAAGGCUUCCCCGUCGAGACGCUGUACUAUGUCUUCCGGGAAGUUGGCCAAGGGGCAGCCAGGUUCCUCGUCGCCAACCGCUGUGCCAAUGGCGAGAGGUUAUGGCACAGCAUUCGUCGUAACCUGGACCAGGCUGCUCCGAAACUGCACCGCAUCUUCGGCGACGAACUCGAGUUCAUCCGACGGUAUCUUCCCGAGUUUUCAUGUGAGACCAAAGCCCCCUCUACAGCAGACACCUCAACUCUUGGCUCCGAAAGCUCAAUCUCUGUCCAUCCAAACGACUCUGAUCCCGAUCCGAACGACCGUAACAGCGCUCAGAACCUUCGUCGGACCCCGAUGAUGAAGCUCUUCCGUCGCGCAGCUUCAGGGCGUGGGUUUCCAGAUAAGGAGCUAGUUGAGAAACUCGAGAGCUUAUUUGAGUCUGCCUCGAAACAGCCUGACUUCGACCUCCAAACAUACCUCGGCCGCCGCGACACAGAAGGCAACUCCGCUCUGCACUACGCCGCAGAAUUCGGCCUUGUCCCUGCCGUGCAAUUCUUGUGCGCAAAAGGCGCCCAAGUUAACGUUUUCAACAACUGCGGCAACACCCCCCUGCAGCUGGUCAAAUUUGCUAUCCAACGAACCGACGUCCGGUCCGACAUCCACAUGGAAGCCCGCUACCUCCGCUGUGCAGUCAUCCUCCUAGAAAACGGAGCCUUUGACCAGAGCAAGCUUGUCUCCGAACGCAGCGAGAUCUUUCCAUUUGACGUCUUCGAUGGCUCUGAGAGGUCGAUUGCGAAUCUGGUGAAGCAGGGUGUAGCUAGUCAGUGCCGUGGGCUACAUCUCCUCACCUCGUCGAUGAGCCACCCGCAUUGUCCACCCCUGCCACCGGCUUGCCACGGAGAGGAUGGGGAAUAUGAGGGGUGUGCGCCGAGGGAGUGGCAAGUGUGGGAUGGACCCAAUCAAUGGCAAGCUCAGGUAGGGGGCGUUGCUGGUGUUGGAAUGUCAAUGGCGAGCGGGCAGCAGCCUUGGGAGUGGGAUGAGAAUCAUGGGCAUCAUGCGUAUGGGAUGAAUCUGACGUUCCAGACAGGGACGGGGGUGCUGACGCAGUGA